AUGCCCGGGGCGGGGCGCGGGGAGGGAGCGCGGAGCCGGCGCGGGGACGGCGGAGCUGAGCCCGCGGGUCCGCCCGCCAGCCCGGCCGUAGGCACCCGAGGCCGCUCGGGCGGUGGCGGCGGCGGGAGCUGGAGCGCAGCGCGCCAAGGAGCGGGAGCGGCGGCACGACCAGGACAAUUGGACAGUGUUGAAGACCCAGCCUGGCUCCAGUAGCUUCAAAAGGACUCCAGCUCCCCGAGAUCCCAGUCCACAGCCCUCUGCUGCCCACAGGAUGGGAGCCUGGGGGCAGGGAGCCUGGCCAUGAGGGACUGCGACCCCUCCCAGCAGAAGGCCAGAUCUGUACCUCCCAAGUACACUUCUGUGCAAGGCCCCAGCAUGGACUCUAAAUGCAGCAGCCCCAGUGGGGCCGGGGAAGGGACCUCCUGCUCUGAAGGCCCUGGUGGGAGCUUGGCCUGCCCCUCCCUGACCUGCAUCCCUCCCCAAGAGGCAACGACCAAGGAGACACUGGGGGCAAAUGAAGCCUUGAUCUCUGGGAUACCAGAAACCACCUUCUCUGGGAAGUCAGAGCCCAUGCCCUCAGUGAAGACUGAUCCCUCAUCCUCAGAAAACAGAAAUCCUAUGUUCUUGGAGAAGAUGGAUUCCAAGUCUUCAAAGCUGGCACAUUUGACUCCCAUAGAAAAGGAAGAUGCUGAGUCCUUGAAGAAGGCAGAUCCCACAUUCACAGGAAAGACAGAGCCUGCAACCUUGGGAAAGGGGGAUCCGGUGGCUUCUGGGAGAAUGGAUCCUGUAGCCCCGAGAAAGGAGGAGCCUGGAUCAUUGGGAACAGUAGAUCCUGCAUGUUCCAGUAAGAUAGAUAUGAUGUCCCCAAGCAAAGAGGAGCCUAGGUAUUCAGGAAAAGAGCUUUCUGUGUCCUCAGAAGAGGUGGGUCCUGCAUCUACCGGGAAGGCAGAUCUUAUAUCCCUGGGAAAGAAAGACCCUGGGCCCUCUGGAAAGGCAGACCCCACAUCCUUAGACAACCCAGGGUCUGCAUCCACAGGAAAGACAGAUCCUGGGACCUUGGGGACUCUGACUCUAGGGUCAUCAGGCACAAGUGAGCCUGUAUCCCCUGGGGCAGUGGCUCUGGGGCCAUCAGAAAGGGAGGAUCCUACACACUUGGAGAUGACAGAUCCUGCAUCUGUGGGAAAGACAGAAACCGUGCCCUCCGCAAAAGAGGGCCCUCGGUUCCUGGGAAAGAUGGAUCCUACCUCCUCAGGAAAGGAGGAUCCUGUGUCUGUAAGGAUGACAAAAACUGCGCCUGCUGGCCUAGUGGAUCCGAUGUCCUCAGGAAAGACGGGUCCCAUAUCUGUGAAAAAUGUGGAUCCCAUGUCUUCAGGCAGGGGGGUUCCUGUGUCCUCAGGAAAACCAGAGCCCACAUCUGUAGGGAAGACAGAAACUGUAUCCUCAGGAAAGAAGGACCCAGAGGCCUCCAGAAAGGUGGAUUCCAUUUCUGUGGGAAAUACAAAGACAUUAACUUCCAGAAAAGUGAAUCCUGAGUCUUCAGGAAAGAAAGAAUCUGUACCCUCUGACCUAGGGGAUCCCAAGUUCUUGGAGACAGCAGAACCCUCUUCCGUUGUGAAAGAUGAGGCAGAGACUAGGGGGAAAGCAGGUCCUGUGGCCUCUGGAAAGGUGGACCCUGUGAGCAGGGGGAGGGCAGAAACUGUUCCACGUGGAGAAGUGGACUCAGUGUCUUCGGGAAAGGUGACCUCCAUGACUCUGGGGAAAACAACCCCAGCAGCACCUGUUCCAGAGGGAAAUGUGGGUCCUCUGCCUCUAGAGAAGGAGGAUCCUGUGAACUCUACAAAGGUGGAUCCCAGGGCCUCAGGGAAAGCAGAAACCACCUCUGAGGGCAAAGCAGAAACAAAGCCUUCUGGGCAGGAGGGUCCAGCUUCAUCAGGAAAAGCAGAGGCUGCAUCUUUGCAGAAGGAGCCACCGGCUUUGGAGAAGGUGGAUCCAGGAGGCUCAAGAAAAGCAGAUCCUCUUCACUCUGGGAAGGUGGAGUCUGUGUCCCUGGAGAAGGCCGAUUCUGGACCUCUGAGAAAAACAGAGCCCCCAUCCUUGGGCAAGGUAGCCCCCCUGACUCUGGAGAAGGCGGCGGCCUCCUCCAUCAGGCAGUCAGAUGGCAAAGCCUGCGGCUCAGGCCGUUCUCCCGCAGGGGCCGGAAGCAGAGGGCGCAGCACAGAGUCAGAGCCAGUGCCCAGCACUCAGGCUUCCAGCCUGGGUCAAAAGGACCAGGCGGGCCCUGGCGCCGAGAGGAGUGCAGUGCCGGAGGCCGCAGCCUUCCCACCCGGGCCGCGGACUCGCGACAACUUCACUAAAGCGCCGUCGUGGGAGGCGAGCGCCCCGCAGCCUGCACGCGAGGACGCCGGCACGCAGGCGGGAGCGCAGGCCUGCGUUUCGGUGGCCAUAAGCCCCAUGUCUCCGCAGGAUGGCGCGAGCGGCCCGGCCUUCAGCUUCCAAGCGGCGCCGCGCGCGUCCAGCCCAGCGCCCAGGCCACCGUCUCGCCGGGACGCCGGCCUGCAGGUGUCACUGGGCGCCGCCGAGACGCGCUCGGUGGCCACCGGGCCCAUGACCCCGCAGGCCGCGGCGCCCCCAGCCGCACCGCCCGCCUUCCCCGAAGUGCGGGUGCGGCCGGGCUCGGCGCUGGCGGCUGCGGUGGCGCCCCCGGAGGCGGCCGAGCCCGUGCGCGACGUGAGCUGGGACGAAAAGGGCAUGACAUGGGAGGUGUACGGCGCCGCCAUGGAGGUGGAGGUGCUGGGCAUGGCCAUCCAGAAGCAUCUGGAGCGACAGAUCGAGGAGCACGGGCGCCAGGGGGCGCCAGCGCCGCCGCCCGUCGCCCGCCCGGGGCCUGGCCGUGCGGGCUCCGUGCGCGCUGCACCCCCUGACGGCGCAGCCAAGCGCCCGCCCGGCCUCUUUCGCGCUCUGCUGCAGAGUGUGCGCCGGCCGCGGUGCUGCUCGCGGGCCGGACCCACGGCCGAGUGA